AUGCCUGCUCUGCAUAAUUAUCCUCACCAUAUAUGCCAUCAAGAAAACUUCCGUAUCUACAAGAGCCUAAAACAAACUCCUAAAAUUCGUCGAGCUAAGUUCUGCCAAAAGAAACCAACUAAAGUUCUUGAAUCAGAUUUUUUCCCAAAGCUUUCCAGUAAUGAUGAUGAAAGAGAAGACCUAAAACAAGAGCAAGAUGUUAAAUUGGAUGCUAAAAUUGUGGAACAAGAACCUAAUGAACAAGUAAAAGACAAAAAUGAGUUAGAAGACUUAAUCGAUGAGGACAGCAAUGAUGACAACGAUGACGAUAUGAUAUGGGAUAAAGAUGAUAAUAGAACUGAGAAUGAAGAAGAUAAAAACAAACGAAUUGGAGUUGAAAAAGGUGAACAAAAUAGAGACAAAAAAGAUGAAUGUAAUGAAAUUGGAAAGGAUGAACAUAUUGGA